AUGCCUACCAUCCCAGUCGACAAGGCAGACCUCUACCAGCUCUUGGGUAGAGAGUACACCACGCAGGAAUUUGACGAGUUGUGUUUUGACUUCGGAAUCGAGCUCGACGAAGACACAACCGAUGAAUGUGUAGGCGACGAAAGACCCCAGUUGAAAAUCGAGAUCCCCGCCAACAGAUAUGAUAUGUUGUGUAUUGAGGGUAUUGCCCAGGCGCUCAACGAAUUCUUGGGCCGCUCUGCCAGUCCAAACUUCACUUUGAACCCUCAAGUUCCUCUGGUCAAGAUGACUAUUGACAAGUCCACUGAGCAGAUCAGACCAUACGCUGCUGCUGCUAUUUUGCGCGGAGUAGAGUUCGACGACAGAAAGUACGCCUCGUUCAUUGCUUUGCAAGAUAAGUUGCACACAAACUUGUGCCGUAACAGAACGUUGGUGGCCAUCGGUACUCAUGACUACGACACAUUGACCCCUCCAUUCACAUACGAGGCUUUGCCACCACAAGACAUCAAAUUCAUUCCUUUGAACCAGACACAGUUGAUGGACGGUGCAGAGCUCAUGGACUUCUACGAUAAGGACAAGAACUUGGGUAAGUAUUUGCACAUCAUCCGUGACUCGCCUGUGUACCCUGUGAUCUUUGAUGCCCGUAGAACUGUCUGUUCGUUGCCUCCUAUUAUUAAUUCCAACCACUCUAAGAUCACCUUGAACACUAAGAACAUUUUCAUCGAGGUUACUGGAACUGACAAGACCAAGACAGACCUUGUGAUCAACCAGAUGGUGGCCAUGUUCUCUGCCUACUCCAAGACUAAGUUCGAGGUCGAGCCUGUCCAGAUUGUUUCCAAGCACAAUGGUCAAGACAGAGUUAGCCCUAAUAUCGCACCAAAGAAGUUCGAGGCCGAGAUUGACUACAUCAACUCCUGUUUGGGCUUGAACUACUCCGGUGAGGAAAUCGCCAAGUUGUUGACCAGAAUGUCUUUGAAGGCCACUCCUAGAGAUGCCAAGAUCUUGGACGUGGAGGUUCCUAUUACCAGAUCUGACAUCUUGCAUCAAUGUGACAUCAUGGAAGAUGCUGCUAUUGGUUACGGUUUCAACAAUUUGAAGAAGACCAAGGCUCAAAGUGACUCUCUUGUUGCUGCUCCUUUGCCAAUUAACAAGGUUGGUGACAUUCUCCGUAUCGCCUCUGCCCAGGCCGGCUACUUGGAGGUAUUGCCUUUGACUUUGUGCUCUCACGACGAGAACUUCAAAUUCUUAAGACAAAAGGAUGAUGGCACUCAGGCCGUCAGCUUGGCCAACCCAAAGACCAUCGAGUACCAAGUUGUGAGAACUACUUUGGUGCCUGGUAUCCUCAAAACCAUCAAGGAGAACAGAAAGCACUCUUUGCCAAUCAAGGUUUUCGAGUGUGGUGACAUUGUUUUGAAGAACCUUGAUUUGGAGAGAAGAGCAUUCAACAGAAGAAACUGGUGUGCUAUCUACGCUGGUAAGACCUCUGGUUUUGAGUUCGUUCAAGGUUUGUUGGGUAAAAUCAUGCAGACCAUGAGAACUCCAUGGCUCGAAGAUCCUAAGAACAUGAACAAGAGGGGAUACUGGAUAGAAGAGGACAAGGACAAUGCCACCUUCUUCCCAGGAAGAGGAGCCAAGGUAUUCUUCAGAGCUUCUGAGGAUGCCGAGGUGCAGCACAUUGGUGCCAUUGGAGUUUUGCAUCCCGAGGUUAUGAGCAGCUUUGAGAUCCCAUAUGCUGCCUCUUCUGUUGAGAUUAAUGCUGAGGUUUUCUUGUAA